GCCCUUACGCUGGAAGAAAUCAAAGAAGCCACAAAAGCCGAUACCACACUUCAAGCUGUCAUUCAAGCAAUUCAAACCAAACAGUGGCAUAAUGCGAAACUCCAACCUCGUGUUGAUCGCAAGUCGGUAGAAUGUUUUUUUCACAUCCAAGACGAACUGUCAGUUAACAGUGAUCAAAGUCUCCUCCUACGUGGUACCCGUAUAGUCAUACCAAGUAAACUUCAAAACCAUGUGAUAGACCUCGCACACGAAGGCCAUCAAGGCAUAUCACGGACAAAACAACUCUUACGUGAGAAGGUCUGGUUUCCGACCAUUGAUAAACAAGUGGAAGAAAAGGUUAGCUGCUGCUUAGCUUGCCAAAUUACAACAAGCACAAGCAACAUUGCACCAUUACGUAUGCCUGAAGCUAGCAAGAAUCCAUGGGAAAGUGUAUCAAUUGAUUUUUGCGGCCCGUUUCCCAGUGGUGAGUACUUACUUGUACUGAUUAAUGACUACUCACGAUACCCCGAAGUAGAUAUUAUUAGAACAGUAGCCCAUACAACUGUUAUUCCCUGUCUUGACAAAAUCUUUGCUACUCACGGAAUUCCCAGAACAGUUAAAUCGGACAAUGGCGCCCCAUUUAAUAGUACAGAAUUCAAACAGUUUGCUAAUUAUCUUGGUUUCCAACAUUAG